UCACACACCAACCUAGACACAACUUCGAAAGGCUGCCCAGAGAAGACACAACCAUGUCCAUGUCAAAACUACCUGUCCCAUACCAACGUCGUCUGUCCUUGUCUCCUGGUUCUUCAGUGACCAUCGUUGGGAAACCUACCCUGUGUUUCAGCAUGAACCCACAACUGCAGUUGGAUCUCCACACUGGAAAUGAUGAGAACUCAGACAUCGCCUUCCAUUUCGUCGUGUGCUUUGGCAAUUGUGUAGUGAUGAACAACCGUGAUCGUGGGGAGUGGAGACUCGAGGUGAAAUCCUCUGAAAUGCCUUUUGAGAAUGGCAAACAAUUUAAACUGUGCAUCAUUGUGCUACAAAAUGAGUACCAGGUAAUGGUAAAUGACAAACACUGGUACAGCUUUCCCCAUCGAGUCGACCCGCGAUCGGUGGAGAUGAUGCAGGUGUGCAGAGACGUCUCCCUGAUCUCAGUGUCUAUCUCUGAGAGAGAGGGGUGACCAGACUCUCCAGUCUCAAACAGAUCCCUCAUCUAAGUGACCGUGUGAUUUCCAGAGCUCACUAAUAGAAUGGGUUCUCCUCACUCUUCCCCUACACUUGGUCAUUAAAA